AUGGCCGCCAACGACAAGGACCUGGCAUCAUCGUCCUCGGCACCAGCCCCUGAUGGCGACAACAUCUAUUGGGACCUCUUGACGAUGGAAUUGGAGAAGGAAGAGAAGGAGAAAGCGAUUGCCAACGACGAGGCGAUCGCUCGUGCCGUCCAUGAGGAGGAACUUAUUAGCAAAGCAGAGGGAACAAUGGAGACCAUCAUCAGUGACGAGCCCAUCACACACCUCUUGGCAGAGGAGGAGGAGAUGGGCAGUGACUCCAACACCGACGACGGCAAGGAGGAGGACAAGGAUGAGGAUCUGGGCGGUGACUCUAACACUGAUGAUGAGGAGGAGGAGAAGGAGGAGGAGGAGAUGGGCGACAACUUCGACACCGAUGAGGAGGAGGAGGAGGAGAUGGCCAGUGUUGGUGGCGACUCCGAUGAUGAUACUGAUGAAGCGUAG